GUACACUCUCUAUCUUCUUCCACAGCCCAAAAAACCAACAAUUUUGCCGAACGAUUUCACCGUUUUGAGUGCGUUAACUCAGCAGAAAUUUUUUAUUUUAAAAAAAUAGGAAAAAAAUUAGCUUGAUUCAUUACAGGCUUCGCAUUUCGUUGAUUUUCGCAGUUCUUGUAUCGUUGUAGCGAAGUGUGGUGCUUGGUCAUUGAUGUUAAUAAAACAUGGAAUAAAUUCUGGGUUUGGUGCAAUUUAUAUGUUGGCUUCGUCUCCUGUGUUGAGAAGGCAACAGUUUUUGAUAAGGUGUCUUGGAGAUUACAGCGAUCAGAACACUAACACCCAUCAGAAGAGAAUGCAAGGAAUAAAAUUCACCAGUGGAGCCUCUUUGGAGGCUGAUGCUGAGAACGUUCUGAGAGCAAUCACUCCGACCCUUGAUCCCAAUAGACACAAGGGUCAGGCUGGAAAGAUAGCUGUUAUCGGCGGGUGUCGUGAGUACACUGGUGCUCCAUAUUUUGCAGCUAUCUCAGCAUUAAAAAUUGGUGCAGAUCUAUCCCAUGUUUUUUGUACGAAAGAUGCAGCUGCAGUCAUAAAAAGCUACAGUCCUGAGUUGAUUGUACACCCAGUUUUGGAAGAAUCAUACGGUGUUAGGGAUGAUGAAAAACGUAUCAUCUCAGGAAAGGUUCUUGCUGAAGUUGCUAAAUGGAUGGAAAGAUUUGAUUGUCUUGUCAUUGGUCCAGGCCUUGGAAGGGACCCAUUUCUUCUGGACUGUGUGAGCAAAAUCAUAAAGCUUGCAAGGCAGUCCAAUGUCCCAAUUGUCAUAGAUGGGGAUGGACUCUUUCUUGUUACAAACUCUCUUGAUCUUAUAAGUGGAUAUCCUUUGGCUGUGCUGACCCCAAAUGUAAAUGAAUACAAGCGCCUUGUACAGAAAGUUUUGAGUUGUGAAGUAAAUGAUGAAGAAGCUCAUGAGCAACUACUAUCUCUUGCAAAAAGGAUUGGUGGUGUAACUAUGCUUAGGAAAGGAAAAUCUGACUUCAUAAGUGAUGGUGAGACAGUCAAAUCAGUGAGCAUCUACGGUUCUCCUCGAAGAUGUGGUGGGCAGGGUGAUAUACUUUCUGGAAGUGUCGCUGUAUUUCUAUCUUGGGCCCGUCACGCUAUCAGAGAUGGGGACUCGAGUAUCAGUUCCAAAAACCCCGCAAUGUUGGGGUCCAUUGCUGGGUCGGCUUUAAUGAGAAAGGCUGCAUCCCUUGCUUUUGACAAUAAGAAAAGGUCAACCCUCACUACUGAUAUCAUCGAGUACUUGGGAAGAAGUUUGGAGGAUAUUUGCCCAGUUCGUUGAUGCCGUUGAAUUUCAGAUGAUAGAGUUGGAUCUACACAUUCAGAGAGACAUUAGUUCAGUUGCCAGAAGAACCAAAUUUUCUUCCUUUAAAUUAAAUCACACCUUUCCAGACUUUGUCUUGUAUAUAAAGAGAGUGCUGUUAUUGCCUGUUCUUUUUUGGGAAAUCUGGAUGAAAAUGCUAUACAAAAAGGAGGGUUAUGACAUAUAAUAAGGAUGAAUGUUUCAUGAGUCUAUAAGAUAUGCUGCAAAGGCAGUGAUGUUUCUAAAGCCAGAAACCUCUGUUAUAUUUUA